GGUAGGCAUCGAGAAUAAAUUGUAGCCAUUUCCGGGUUUGUUUGUUUUUCUUUUCUGAUUACAUAUCUAGAGUCUAUCUGACAGCCAAAACAUGUCGCUGAGUCCUGUUCAAGGCUCACUGCAAAUUAAAUGGAACCCAAAAAAUUUAGAGAUACGAACAAAGUCUGUAGAGAAAACAUUAGAACCUUUAGUCACUCAAGUAACCACUCUGGUCAAUCAAAAUGGACCCUCCAAUUUAAAGAAAGGCCGCUCAAAGAAAGCUCAUGUCCUCAGUGCUGCUGUACAGAAAGCUACUGAGAAUUUUAUUAUUCAAGGGGAACUAAUUGCUCAUGAUUUCCCUGAAGUGGAAAAUGAUAUGUUGGCUGCUAUUGAUGAAGUUAGGAAAACAGGUGAAACAAUGGAUGAUGCUUCACAGGAUUUUGCUGCAGAUCCAUGCUCCUCUGCCAAACGAGGUGCUAUGGUUCGGGCAGCAAGAGCAUUACUGUCUGCAGUCACACGCCUACUCAUCUUAGCGGACAUGGUGGAUGUGCAUUUACUUCUAAAAUCAUUGCAUUCCGUUGAAGGUGAUUUAGACAGUAUAAAAAAUGCCACUAGUCAACAAGAACUCAUGGAUGCUUUUCGUGAUUUUGGAAGAAACAUGGCAGAGUUGUCUGAUCGAGCUGCCAGAAGGCAAGCAGAUUUAAAAGAUCCUCGAAGACGAGAAGAGCUUGCUGCUGCUAGAGCUUUGUUAAAAAAGAACAGCAUGGUUCUCUUGACAACAUCCAAGGCUUAUGUAAGACAUCCAGAACUAGCAGCUGCUAGAUCAAAUCGAGACUACGCAUACAAACAAGUGUGUGAUGCUGUCAAUACAAUUUCUGACGUAGCUCAGGCUUCGGGCCACUCUGAGGGUCAUCCAUAUGAAGGACCUGGGGAGUUAGCAGCUGCUCUAGAUGAACUUGAUCGUAAGAUAAUUAUGGACCCUCUUAGUUAUAAUGAGGUGCACAGCCGGCCUUCCCUGGAGGAGCGGGUAGAGAGCAUCAUCAGCGGAGCAGCUUUGAUGGCUGAUUCUUCUUGUACUAGAGAUGACAGGAGAGAACGGAUUGUACAAGAAUGUAAUGCUGUUCGUCAAGCACUGCAAGAUCUUCUUACAGAAUACAUGAAUAAUUGUGGAAAGCCCAUGAUAACCAACAAGGCUGGACAAAAAGAACCAACUGAAGAGUUGGAACAAGCAGUGGACAAUAUGACCAAAAAAACUAAAGACCUCAGAAGACAGUUACGGAAGGCAGUUGUUGACCAUGUGUCAGAUACAUUUCUUGAAACCAAUGUUCCGCUGCUGGUGCUGAUAGAAGCAGCCAAGGCUGGUGAUGAUAAAGGUGUGGAGGAGUAUGCUCAAGUUUUCAUGGAGCACGCCAACAAAUUGGUUGAGGUAGCAAAUCUUGCAUGUUCCAUGUCAAACAAUGAAGAAGGUGUCAAGCUGGUCAGAUUGGCUGCUGCUGAUAUAGAGAGUUUGUGUUCACAGGUAAUCAAUGCUGCCAGAGUGUUGGCUGCUCGACCCAGGUCUAAAGCUGCACAGGAGAAUAUGGAUGUCUUUAAAGAUGCUUGGGAAAAGCAAGUUAGUUUACUGACAGAAGCAGUAGAUGACAUCACAACCAUUCACGAUUUUCUUGCUGUCUCAGAGAACCACAUCCUUGAGGAUGUGAACAAAUGUGUCAUUGCUCUACAAGAAAAUGAUGCUGAUACUUUAGACCGCACAGCUGGCGCCAUCAGAGGCAGGUCAGCACGAGUGUGCAAUGUUGUCACAGCUGAAAUGGACAACUAUGAGCCAGGACAAUACACAGAACGUGUCAUGGAAGCUGUCAUGGAGCUGAGGGAUCAAAUUAUGCCACAUUUUGCUGAAAAAGUUGAAAUGGCAGUGGAUGCACUUAACUCAAACCCAAGCCGUGAUGUUGAUGAGAAUCAGUUUAUUGAAGCAUCUCGGCUGGUUUAUGAUGGUGUCCGGGAAAUACGUCAAGCUGUUCUUGCUAGCAGGACUGACUUUGAUGAUUCUGACAGCGAAGUUUAUGAAAAUGAAGACUAUGGAUAUGCACCUUCCAGCGUGGCUGACCAUGAUGACUACUAUGGCAAGAGUGACAGAGCCCUGAUGAGAAGGUUGCCUGAGGAAGAAAGGGAAGUAAUUCAGCAGCAGGUUGAACAGUUCAGGAAAGAAAAAGCUAAGCUUGACAUGGAAGUGGCUAAAUGGGAUGACAGUGGCAAUGACAUUAUUGUCAUGGCUAAACAGAUGUGUAUGAUCAUGAUGGAGAUGACAGACUUUACUAGAGGCAGAGGACCAUUGAAAAGUACAAUGGAUGUGAUAAACGCAGCAAAGAAGAUUUCUGAGCAUGGAACAAAUCUAGACAAACUUGCUACCACAAUAGCUGAUCAGUGUCCUGACUCCCAGUCCAAGAAAGAUUUAGAAGCUUAUCUUCAGCGAAUAGCCUUGUAUUGCCAUCAACUCAACAUAACCAGCAAGGUCAAGGCUGAUGUCCAAAGUGUCAGUGGAGAACUGAUUGUGUCAGGAUUGGACAGUGCCACAUCUCUGAUCCACUCUGCCAAGAAUUUGAUGAAUGCUGUAGUCCUGACUGUCAAAGCCUGUUAUGUGGCAUCCACCAAGUAUUCCAAAGGAUCAAAUAAGAAACCUGUUGUGUUGUGGAAGAUGAAAGCACCAGCCAAGAAGCCGUUAGUCAGACGAGAAGACCCCAGUGAACUUGGAGCCAAGGUGAGAAAAGGUGCAGCAACAAGGUCAGCCAUCGAACCAAUCAAGGCACUCAGUGAAUUUCAGGAGGUUGAUCCUGACUCAUAUUGUUAACCCAGUAACGAACACAUUGAAUCAUUUCUCCACCAGUUUUUACAAAUUUUAUUCUAUUUUGUAUGAUGAUUUAUUGCAUUUAUGCUGUCUUUAUUAGUGGAAACCAGUCAUAACAGUUUUUAGUGAUGGGACAUGUAGGAUAAAACUAAUACUAUAGGUUGUGUUUGUAUUUUCUUAAAAUUUAAAUAUUUAAUAAGACAGUCUUAGCAGUUUAUUAAAAGCUAAUCAUUUUUCAUAUGGUUGUAAUAGCAACUUAAUUUUUACUUUGGUUUAUCAAAGCUUAUUAAUUUUGAAAAUAAUCUAAGCCCUUUUAUUAUUAAUGGCCAGAUUUAUUCUCACAACAAAGUGUUAGUGAUUACAUCAUAGGCAGAAUUAUGAGUUGUGAUAGCAAAUUUGUUUAAGUGGAAAACUUUUGUUUCGGUUGUGAAAGCACAUCAAAUAUAAGAUUAAGAGAUAAAAUCAUGUUAAAAUUCUUUAUUUUAAAAGGUUGUGUUUACACUUUCUUUAAACCAGUGAUGUAGGCUGAAAAUGACAAGCAAUCAGCUGUCAGUUAGUCUAUAGAAACAAUGUAAAUGGAACAAAUUAAGACAAGGCAAAUUAUAUUAAAUUUUAUUUAUGAUAAUAACAUGGCAAAUCACAAGCUGGUCCUGUAUGUGAAUGAAGUGAUAUCAUCACUUUUGAGUGCUGGUCACACCUAAAUGUGACACUUAUAGCCACGUUUUGUAUAUCAGUAAAAUAACCAGCCACAUCAAUUUGAUUUUUUUUAUAUUUGAUUUAUGUCCAUGUAUUAUUUCAAUGGUUGUGAAUUAUUUAUGCCACAUUUAUAUUUAGUUGUGUUUUUUUAACUGUUGUACUGUUGGGUAGCUGUGUUGUUUUUAUAUGUAUGUACAAUCAAAAUAAAACUUUAUGUCAGUAGAAAAUUAAACGCAAAUCAUCUUAUUGAGCAGACAUUAAUA